AUGACUAUAAAUACCCGACGACGGACGGUGCCAUUAAUCCGUCUUCUCGCAACUUCGCAACUCCCACCCAACCUUAAGAAUCUAAGCAACUAUUUCUCUGACACAAUGAAGUUAUCCAUCAUCGCAUUUGCCGCAGUCUUUGCUGCUCUUGUCGCCGCUGCUCCCGUCACCGAGCCCGCCGAGCUCGUCGCUAGACAGUGCACCUGCACCAAAGUCGGCGACGAGUGGAUUUGUCGCGGCAGGCUCUGCCAGGGCUGAAUGCAGGGAGACUUGGUACAAUGAGCGGGCCGACAUUGAUUUUUAGAUUCAAGCAUCAUCAUGCACGGUCAAAGGGGUUGUUUUGAUUGGACUCAUGUAAGGUUGAGAUUGGCUUUUAGAUUGACGUUCGGGAAUCAAUAGACUUCGCACAUAUAGUUUAGGUGUUCUUCUCUUGACGUCGAGCGAAACGUUAUCCUGGCUCCCACGUGGAUCUGCGGUCUUAGAAUGCUGUGCGAGCAAGAC